AUGGUCUCGCCAACAACGAUCAAAUCGCUGCUUCGGGAGUUGACGCAUCUAGCUAGCAACCCCUCGGACGACAUCCGCGUCUCGCUCUCUGAAUCGGAUAUCCUCUCGUUCAGCGGCUGGAUCCGCGGUCCGUCGGGGACCCCGUACGCUUCGGGCUUUUUCCGCAUCACGUUUGACUUUACCGACAUCGACUUCCCCGCCAAUCCGCCGCGCUGUCGAUUUGCCACGCCCAUCUUCCACCCGAACGUGUCCAAGGCCGGCGAGAUCUGCGUGUCCAGUUUAAAGAAGGACUGGAAGCGCGAGUAUGGCGUCGAGCGCAUCCUCACCACGAUCAAGUGCCUGUUGAUCGAGCCGAAUGCAGACAGCGCGUUGGACGCCGAGGCGUCGCGGCUGAUGCAGGAGGACUGGGAGAGCUAUGCCGAGACAGCACGGCUUUGGACCAGCGUGCAUGCCGCAAAGAGGCCCGCCUGUUUUGAAGAGGCGCGGUUCAAGUCGACAGAAGCACCACAGCAGCUGAAAGCACCGACGACCCUGCCAACGCCCUGCUCGGCAUCCGCGACACCCGCAGCCAAACACCUCUUCGCAGCAUCCACACUCAAAGCGUCCAAACCACCUGUCGCGACCACCGCUCCCAAACGGGGCCUCCGACGCCUCUAG